AUUUCUGCAGAUGUGAGAUUGCGACUAGGUUUCCCCUUGGGUCCCUGCUCCUCUGCUCUUAAAAAAUACAGGAUUCCUUCAGGCUCCCGUUGUGGAUGUCUCUCUGUUAACCCCAAUGUGGCCCUUUUUGCAGAGGCUCCGGUGGUGAAGGUGACCAGGAAGGCAGACUAUGACGGCCUGGAGACCCUCGUUUGCCAAGUCCACGGCUUCUACCCCAAGGAGAUUGAGGCCAACUGGGUGAAGGACGGGGAGGUCUGGCAGGAGGGCACCCUCCGAGGAUUGGUCGCCCCCAACUCGGACGGGACCUACUAUCUCUUGCUCAGUGUCCAGAUCGACCCCGAGGAGAGGGAGCGCUUCCGGUGCCGCGUGGAGCACGACAGCCUGGAGAAGCCUCUGGACGUGGCCUGGGAGAAGGAGCCUGUCAACCUGGGGCUCAUUGUGGGAGCCAUUCUGGGUGUCAUGGCUGCCAUCCUGCUGGUCUCUGGGAUCAUCUUCUUCAUCAUCCGCAGGAAACGGAGCGAGAAAGCAGCGUACGAAAAAACCCCAACAAAUGACCAGGGGUCCGACAGCUCCACCAAGGUUUCAUACCAGCCCAGUGUGUGAGAUGAGACCAGAAGGAGCCUGCCCAAGUUUGGCUGUGAUUUGCAGAGGCUCAGAGCCCCUCCUGUCCUUUAAUGCUGUUUAGGAUGUUCCUUAAUCCUGGCUCUCACCCAUCUAUUCUGACUACAGCUGUAACUUGAAUUUGAGAAUAAUCAUGUUUUUCUGAUGGAUUUUGGCUGAUUGUGCUUCGCAGCUGAUUUUCAGAAAUGUGCUUGUGUUAAUCAAAAUUGUGCCAGAUAUACACAACUAAAAGCUUUAAAAAGGGGAGGGGAGAUUGAGCAUGACUUGCAGCGAUUUUGAUGGUUUCUCUUGGUUCUUUGUUGCUGUGUUUUCCUUUACAAUCCCUUCCCCAGCAGAGAAUGAGGAGCUCCAGGGGGCAUUCAGACCCUCCCCGUGGCAAUGGCAGCUGCUGAGGCAGUUUCCUCCAGACCCUCUUUCUGUCCCGAUACCUUCAAGGCUCCAGUUCUCCAGCCUGGUUCAUGGAGCUCCACGUCCAGGACAACCAGCUGCCGUUCUCUGGGGCUCCACCCUGGAGCUCCCAUGAUGCCCUGGGGCAGUGAGUUGAGAAACAGGCUGGAGGGGGAGGAGGAAGCAGCUGAAGGGGGAAAUGGAGAAAGUGGGGAACUGAGAAAGAGGUAGAGAGGCUGAAGGGAUGGGGUAUAGCGACUCUUAUACAGGAGAUGAGAGGGACUGAUCCUGCUGACAGCCAAGGAGGAAGCCGGGAAGGAGAAGAGGCAGGUGAGGAGCUGCAUGGCCACAAUUUGAUCUGAAAUAAGGAGCCCCAUAUUUUUGGCUGCAGUUCAUGAGACUUCUAGCCUGGUCCCCACAGUCUUCUAGGAGGGGUGACCCAUUGAGAGUCAGACCACAUGGACUCUUCAAAGUAAACUGGUUUUGUUGCCUUCAAUUUGCCUAAUUUUUAUCUCGCCCAUUCUUGCUUUUCCACCUGUGGCCCUUGAGGAACAUACUCUGCCCAUUCUGCAAUUCCCACCGUCUUCCUUCCCUUCUCAUAGGCUGGCAUUCCUUAAGGAGACACUUUUCAAGAAAUAAGAAUGCAUAACUCUUUUAGGCCUCAAUGGAUUUGCUGCAUCUUGCUUUGAAGACACUGGAUGUAAUUGUUAUUAUUCCUUUUGCAAUAUUUGUUGGUCUGAAAUAAACAAGGGUGCCCCCCCU